AUGAGUUAUAACAAGUCUUUUGAGACAGAUUUUGAAGUUAUAUCAGAUAAAUUAUUAAAUUCUUCUGAUAUUAUGAACCAAUGGGAUGAGUCAACAUUACUGGGACUGAAAAUUGCCCUUGCAGUUAUUUUAUCAUUAAUCACUUUAGCUACACUUCUUUCCAAUGGUUUUGUUAUCAUCACUAUAUUGCUGAGCCGCAAGCUCCAUACACCAGCAAAUUAUCUUAUUGGAUCCUUAGCUUUUACUGAUUUAUUGGUAUCCAUAUUGGUAAUGCCAAUUAGCAUUGCAUAUACUGUUAUUCAAGCAUGGACAUUUGGCCAAAUUAUGUGUGACGUUUGGCUGUUAUCAGACAUCACCUGCUGUACAGCAUCUAUUCUCCAUCUGUGUGUCAUUGCAUUGGACAGAUAUUGGGCUAUCACAGAUGCAUUGGAAUAUACUAAACACAGGACAGCUGGAAGGGCAUCUGUAAUGAUUGCUGUAGUAUGGGUAAUAUCUAUAUGUAUCUCCAUCCCACCACUCUUCUGGAGACAAGCAAAAGCCCACGAAGAACUUACAGACUGUAAUGUAAACACAGAUCAGAUUUCUUACACUAUAUAUUCAACUUUUGGGGCAUUCUAUAUACCAACCAUAUUACUGAUGAUAUUGUAUGGGAGGAUUUAUGUUGCUGCUCGAUCACGAAUUCUCAGACCACCCUCCAUUUAUGGAAAGAGGUUUACUACAGCACAACUAAUACCUGGGUCAACUGGAUCUUGUUUUUGUUCAGCAAGUACAAACACCCACGUCGGGCAAUGCCAAACAGUUGGAACUCCAAUCUGUAUUAACCACAUCAAGGUAAAACUUGCAGACAGUGUUCUGGAGCGAAAAAGAGUGUCUGCUGCCAGGGAAAGAAAAGCAACUAAAACUCUUGGAAUAAUUCUAGGUGCAUUUAUAGUUUGCUGGUUACCUUUCUUUGUGGUAUCUUUAGUUCUACCCAUCUGUAGGGAUGCCUGCUGGUUUCACCCUAUACUAUUUGAUUUCUUCACCUGGCUGGGAUAUUUAAACUCACUUAUCAACCCUGUGAUAUAUACAGCUUUCAAUGAGGAUUUCAAACAAGCUUUUCAGAAGCUAAUAAGAUUAAAGAAAAUUUACUAAUUUUGCCGACUAGUGGCUAUAUGGACUAAAAACAUUUCUUAUCUAGGAAAGAUAUUGAAGCUGACUUACCAAACAUAUCUGAAACUAUUGCAAAUGUAAAGUGGUAAAUAAAAACAAUGACAACCUAAA